CUGCAGGCUAUGCUGUCACGGACCAUGUUGGUGCUCGUAGAGCUCAGGCACGGACGCGGCAGCCCCUGAGCUCGGCGCUCGGUGCCUUGGUCACGUGCGCGCCCUAGCGCCCUGUUCCCACGGCGCGCUGCGAUGCAGGUGAUCGGCGAGGCAGCGGCGCGCAGUGCGCACGGCCACUGCCCAGCACAGCGAGCUCGCCGGCACCUCUGGCUCAGCUCCACACCCUCGCCCACACCUCACCACCAGCGCCUCUCACCCCAUGGAGGAGCUCGGCAUCUCCACGCGCGCCGCAGAGCCGACGUUUGACGAUGUCGUCGCCGAGAAGACGGCCGUGCACCAGCACAUGGCGCAGGAGCAGGACACGUUCCUGCGCUACAAGAAGCUCACGCAGCACCUCGAGUUCCUGAGCACCAUGGAGGACUACGUGAAGGACGAGCAGCGGAACCUGAAGCGGGAGCUGGUGCGGGCGCAGGAGGAGGUGAAGCGGAUCCAGUCGGUGCCGCUGGUCAUCGGACAGUUCCUCGAGCCGAUCGACCAGCACACGGGCAUCGUCGGCUCGACGACGGGCUCCAACUACGUUGUGCGCAUCCUCAGCACCAUCGACCGCGAGCUGCUGAAGCCGAGCAGCUCGGUGGCGCUGCACCGGCACUCCAACUCGCUCGUCGAUGUGCUGCCGCCGGAGGCCGACUCGUCCAUCUCGAUGCUGGGCCAGGACGAGAAGCCGACAGAGACGUACGCCGACAUUGGUGGCAUGGACAUCCAGAAGCAGGAGAUCCGCGAGGCCGUCGAGCUGCCGCUCGUGCAGUUUGACCUGUACCGGCAAAUCGGCAUCGACCCGCCGCGAGGUGUGCUGCUGUACGGCCCGCCAGGCACGGGCAAGACGAUGCUGGUCAAGGCCGUGGCCAAUGCCACCACAGCCUCGUUCAUCCGCGUCGUGGGCUCCGAGUUCGUGCAGAAGUACCUCGGCGAGGGCCCACGCAUGGUGCGCGACGUCUUCCGCCUCGCGCGUGAGAACGCACCGGCCAUCAUCUUCAUCGAUGAGAUCGACGCCAUCGCGACGAAGCGCUUCGACGCGCAGACGGGCGCCGACCGCGAGGUGCAGCGCAUCCUGCUGGAGCUGCUGAACCAGAUGGACGGAUUCGACCAGGGCAGCAAUGUCAAGGUCAUCAUGGCGACGAACCGCGCAGACACGCUGGACCCAGCUCUGCUGCGGCCCGGUCGUCUCGACCGAAAGAUCGAGUUUCCGCUGCCGAGCCGGCGUGAGAAGCGUCUCAUCUUCCAGACGAUCUGUGGCAAGAUGAAUCUGGCGCCAGACGUCGACCUGGAGGACUAUGUCAGCCGGCCCGACAAGCUGAGCAGCGCCGAGAUCUCUUCCAUCUGCCAGGCAGCUGGUCUGCAGGCAGUGCGCCGGAACCGAUACGGUGCGCACACCGGCGUGCUGGUGCCUCUCCUGUCGCUGACGCUCGCUUGCGCCCCCAGUGAUCUUGCCUGCCGACUUCGAAGAGUGCGUCUCGGCGCCUGCACCAGCCACCCUUGCGCCAUACUCACGCCUCACUCACUCUGCAGGGCCUGGAAGCAAACAGUCAAGAAGGACGGCGACGGCAAGAUGGACUUUUACCAAUGAGCGCGCGGCCGUGGCAGGUGCUGUAUCUGCG